GCUACCCUCAAAAUCAGCUAAACCAUACCAUUUGUAGGACAAUUGAUUAAUAAUUUCUUCUGUGAUUAAGAAUUGCAAGUCUUGGCAUUGCAUAGAGAAAUAAAGAAAAAAAUAAAGAAAAAAAUAAAUAAAAAAAGAAAAAUCAGAAGAGAAAAAUGGAGAAGAAGGAGAAUGAUCUAGCCCCGCAAAUGGCAGCGAAGGUUCAUGGAGGAUUAGGAGGAACAUUCUACGCAUGGUGUGACUCUGAGAUUCCAAUGUUACUUGAGGCUAAUAUUGGUGCUGCUAAACUUGCUCUUAAUAAAUUUGGCUUUGCUCUUCCUUCUUUUUCUGAUUCUUCUAAGCUUGCCUAUGUUCUUCAGGGAAGUGGAGUAGCUGGGAUUGUUCUUCCAGAACAGCAAGAGAAAGUGAUUCCAAUAAAGAAAGGAGAUGCAAUAGCUCUCCCAUUUGGAGUAGUAACAUGGUGGUACAACAAAGAGGACACAGAGCUAGUCAUGCUCUUCUUAGGUGACACCUCGAAAUCUCAUAAAGCAGGCCGAUUCACAGACUUUUUCUUAACUGGCUCGAAUGGCAUUUUCACCGGAUUCAGUACAGAAUUUGUGUGCCGAGCAUGGGAUGUAGGCGAAAAAAUUGCCAAUUCAUUAGUAGGAAGUCAAACUGGUCUAGAAAUAAUCCAACUUAAUGGAUCAACCCAAAUGCCAGAACCCAUCAAUGAGCAUAGGAAAGGAAUGGUGUUUAAUUGUGAAGAAGCUCCAAAGGAUGUGGAUGUGAAGAAUGGCGGUAGGGUGGUUGUUUUGAACGAUAAGAACUUGCCCUUGGUUGGCCAGGUUGGUUUCGGGGCAGAUCUUGUGAAGUUGGAUGGGAGCGCGAUGUGUUCUCCUGGUUUUUCGUGUGAUUCUGCCCUUCAAGUCACGUACAUUGUUCGAGGGAGUGGCCGUGUUCAAGUUGUGGGGAUAGAUGGCCGAAGGAUGUUGGAAGCUAAUGUGAAGGCAGGGCAGUUGUUUAUAGUUCCGAGAUUCUUUGUUGUCUCAAAGAUUGCUGAUCCCAUGGGAAUGGAAUGGUUUUCGAUCAUUACGACACCCAACCCAACAUUCACACACUUAGCAGGAAAGACCUCGGCAUGGAAGGCACUAUCGCCUGCAGUACUUCAAGCAGCUUUCAAUGUAAGUGCAGAGAUAGAGAAUCAGUUCCGAUCAAAGAGGACUUCAGAUGCCAUCUUUUUCCCUCCUAAAUGAGCAUCAACUAGCAGAUCAAGUCGUUUAAUUGCUUAGCUUUAAGUCAUCACACUUCAGUAUAUGAUCUAAAUUUUGUCUCUUUUAGCAUCAUUUUUCAGUACUAGCUUCCGUAACUCAGACUUUUCGCUUUAUCUCAAGUACCCUUGGGUCUCUAAUACUCAAAUAUGGAUAAGACACUUGGAUACUUCAAUUUUUGUUCAAAGUUUUGCGAGUUUUAAAGUAUUCGUGUUGGCAUGGGUAUACGAAUCCAAAUAACAUAGAUACUAGCUAGCUAGUGUUUUCUAAUGUAGUCUUAAGCUUCAAUUGUGAUUUGUGAUAUUCAAAUCAUAUUAUUUCUUGUACCAAAGACUAGCUUUCAAAAUUGUACUUAAUGUUUUAAGUUCCCAUUGUUUAUGUGAUUAUAUAUAUCAUCCUA